CAAUUGUUCAUGAAAAAUAAAAGAAAUCCGCAAAUUUUUGAAGGAAAACAUCCAACAAAAAUGCUCGAUCUCUUACCUCUAGAUUCCGACGGCGAGCUCGGAUCCGAAACCGUAAACUCGAGCCAGAGCUCGAUGAGCAACGGACAGCCUGCUGCGAUCGCAUGCAGCAGCCUUUCCCGCCACUCGACGACGUUCCGCCGCCUCACCGCCUCCGCCGCCGCCUCAAAACCUCACCGAUCAUCGGCAGCCUGGACGGCGAUCAGAUCCCGAACGAUCAAAAGCGGGCACAAUCUCAACCUCAACCUCGGAGCUAAAGAUUUCAGACUCAUUCGCAGAAUCGGAAGCGGCGACAUCGGAACGUGUACCUGCUGCCAAGCUGCGAGACGAUUCGUCGCCGGAAAACUCUCCGUCUCCCUCGCCGUCGCCGGCGAGUACGCGAUGAAAGUUGUGGACAAGGAUAUUUUGAGGAAGAAGAAGAAGAUGGAGAGAGCGGAGACGGAGAAGAGGAUCUUGAAGGUUCUCGAUCAUCCUUUUCUCCCGACGCUCUACGCUGAUUUCGAUGCGUCGCCGAGCUAUUCAUGCGUCGUGAUGGAGUUCUGCAGCGCGCUUCGCCAUCGCCAGCCUGCGCAUCGCUUCUCCAUCAACGCUGCAAGAUUCUACGCUGCUGAGGUCUUGCUGGCCCUCGAAUACCUCCACAUGCUCGGCAUCGUGUACCGAGAUCUCAAGCCCGAGAACGUCCUCAUCAGAUCCGACGGCCACAUCAUGCUCUCCGACUUCGACCUCUCCCUCGAGUCCACGUCAUCGCCCUCCCUCCAGCCCGUGGACCCCACCCCCGCAACUGAACCCCCAACUGAUCUGCCAUCGUGCCUCCCCCUCGUCUUCUCGAAGCCCAAGAAAGCCCAAAUCCAGACCCAGACCCGGCGCAGAGCCGCGUCGACGCGAAGUUCGACUCCUUUACGUCGGACACGAGUAGGCCGCCGAGGUUGCCUCGGCGCCCAGCAACCAGCGGCAGCUGCCGUCGACUGGUGGGCCUAGCUAUUCGAGCUCAUCCACGGCAAGACCCCCUUCGUGGGCCCCAACAACGAGGCCACGCUCAAGAACAUCGUUAAGAAGCCGCUCACCUUCCCGUCGGUUUCGGGUCCUGUCGACGAUUUGAUAGCGGGUUUGCUGCGAAAGGAUCCGAUGGAUCGCCUCGGGUCGGUUAACGGGGCCGCUGAUGUUAAGGCGCAUUCCUUCUUCAAAGGGGUUAAUUUUGCGCUGCUGAGGUCGUGCAAACCGCCGGUGGUGCCGGGUCUGGGUCGGGUCGGGUCGUGUAAAGCGGAGCAGCCGAAACCCGAACGGUUUGAUUACUUCUGACUGGCAU